ACAUAUAUACCCCAAAAAAAAAGGUUAUCUCAUUAACCAACCUCAUUCGUUCUCUGCAUAUUUGAAUUUACUAUCGCAUUUCAUUGUCAAGAUAUAUUAAUGCUCUUACAGCCAUCACACAAACUCAGAGGGCAUUACAAUCUGGAAUCGCAUCUUCCAAAAAGAUAAAUUGGGUUUCCCAAAAGCUUUGGACUACGACUUGGCAAUACCCUCCCCUCUCCCUCUCCCUUUCCCUCUCCCUCUCCCUCUCCCUCUCCUCUUUGGAUCUGCCCCAUAAGUGUUUUGCGGGAAGACAAAAUGUCAUCCGCCUCUCGAACUCGACCCAACCGUCGAGUGAACAGUCUCGCAAAUGGUGAGCGCAUGUCUAUCUCUCGAAAUAGUUCUCGAUCACGACCGAAAGCUGUUAGUUACACCGAUGCAUAUACAUUCGCCCUCAGAGUGGCAUACCUGCACCACCUCCUUCAGCCUCGAAGAAAGACGAAACAAUAUGUCCCCGCAGAGAGGAAGUUGGUUUCAAGGAAGAGUGUUAUGAUAGGAGAGUUAAUGCAGGAUUUCUCUCUCUUGAAGGAUACAAAAACCAAAUUUCCCCACGGCUUCAUGUUGCAGUUGGAGAAGCGGUUGCAAGGAGUAUUGACGGGAACCGAGAGACGACCAGAGUACAAAGAACCCGUCGUCAAAAGAACCUUCGCGGAGGCGUACACAGCUCUUACCGAACCGGGCUUUCGAAAGCGUAUGGAUAAGGAGAGACGUGUCGAGGAUUUGGUUUUGAUAUUCUAUUCAAAUACCACUAAAUCCCUACAAAAAGGCAAGGCAGCAGAUGAUGAAUCGUGGAAAAUCCUCGUGGAUCGCCAUGUGGCACUGUUCGUGAGGUUGAUUACGGCAACUCUAAAGGACCUUGACAAAGACAAAGAUCGACCAGAGCUGAUGAGUCGUCUGACGACCUUGGAGAAUAAGUUAUUGACGAAUUCGCAAGAUCUAUAUGUUAACUCUUCUACUGCUCCUGGUGGUGGGCACUCAAUUGAAGUGACUACACCGGUGAGCUACGAUGUCAAAGACAUGCCCAUGGCACAAGUUGUUGGAAAAAUAUUUGGUAUGAGCAAUUCGGAGGUCCAAACAGACAUUGACUUGAACAAGAAUAUCUGGACGGAAUCUGCAGCGCUCACUGAUUUAAAAUCCUACCAGCAUUGCCUGAAUGCGAACACUAAAAGGACUCUUCGAAGCGAGGAUUUUGAUGUUGAUGAAGGAUAUCAAGCAUGGAAGCGGGCAGAAAUACCAGAGCUUUCGGCGCUGAUUUCCGAAAUAUUGCAAAUUAAGCCAGAUCUCGUCAAAGCUUCCGCUGGCAAGAAUAGGACUUUGCCACCACUUUCCGUGUCCUCUUCGGGUGCCGAAGAUCAAGCGUAUGCAGACCUAGCCAAGUCUAUAGCCAUCACAAGUCCAAUAGAUGGAAGCCCAGCCUACAAUUUCGAUCAACCCGCGGAUAUGUCUUCGUUGUCUCUGGAGGACGAUGAGCACUCCAAGAUAUUUCUCGAAGAAUCCACAUUUACAUUUAUACCGCCAGAUACACGAGCGUAUUACCGAACGAUCCUAACUUAUGCCAUGACCUAUGACCAGAUCCACGCUCAAGCUGACGGGGCUGAGAAUCAGCCCCUCAGCAAACAAUCUCUAGAGUUGUUGACGGAAUUAUGUGUUCGCUGGAGAAUUCCACAAUUUUCAAGGCUUGUUCUAUUCUUGGAUGUCGCGAGCCAAAAAUUUAUGGAUCAAGAAAUUGGACUUGACGGGCUUGAUAGUGCCUUUGAGUUUGUCAAAAACCCCCCACCUACAGAAACCAAGCGUACACAUACGCACACCCAUUCUGCAAGUCUAUCCUCUAUCGAUCAGAACGACUGGACGAUCCAUGAUUUUGCUUUGUACCGUCAGAUUCUGACAAACUUGCAUGAUGGACUUCUCCGUGAUCUAUAUGAUCUCUUACAACAUUGUUAUGAGGCUAAGCCGCCUUCCCCCGGCCCAGUUUUACUUAUCUUAGAAACCCAUAUCAAGAACGAUCCUCUGUUCUCAACUAGCCCUGGCGGCUACGAUGCUUAUGUUGAACAGUUGACUGAGGGUCUUAAAUCUAAAGCUGCGGAUGUGUAUAGGGAAUACCUUGAAGCAGAAGUUCCUCAAAAUCAGGAGGAGUGGGAAUUUUUCCACGUUGUUCAGCUCGGGAAAUCCGUAGUAAAGUUAUGUGAGCGGAUUCAGAAGAGGUAUCGAAAGAACCCUGAAAUAAUGGGCGUUAAUCCUUUAACAAUACUUGUCGAGACGAUGUUCCCUAGCUUCGAGGAUGAUGCCAAUGAUUUGAUUAAGAGAAUUCUACACGUAGCACAUAUCAAUGAAAGCGAAGUUCCUCUACAGGACGGGUUUGAUCUCUAUAAGGAACUUGUAGAGAUCCGCAACAUCCACCACAAGGUUCUACCAAGUAGAUCCUUCGCCUUCAAUAUAGAAGACUUGCUUGCUGAUUUUGUUUGGCGAUGGAUUCGCAGUGCUGAUGCAAAAACGGUUGAGCUUGUUGAUCAGGCUAUCAAACAAGACCAAUUUCAAGUUCGCUUGGAUAAUCCUGACCAGAUCCCAUCAGAUGAUGAACGUCACAGUGUGUCUAUCAUUGAUAUAUUCCGUCUCUUCAAUCAGAUGGCCGAUCAGAUCUUUCAACUUAACUGGGCCGAUACGAUUCAGCACGCUAAAUUUAUGACGGCUCUGUCGAAAUCUUUUGGCAUUGGACUUGCCAGAUACUGCGAGAUCAUUGAGCAGAAAUUCUCAAAAGAGAUGGACAGGUUGUCUCCCGCACAAGUAGCGGCGGCAACACAGUCAAAACAGGAAAGGUGGAUGCAACUUGCCAAGGAGGCUUGGAACAAUAAGGAAAAGAUAGAACCUUUCCAAUUCUAUCCCGAAGUAAGUCCCUUUCAUGCAAGAUAAUAGGAUGCGUCUAAUGAAACCACAGUCUUUUGUUAAGCUCAACAACAUCGAGUAUGCUGUGCAGCAACUUGAUGCGCUUGAGAAGACAAUAAAUGUCGAUGCAUGUGCGGAUCUUCUUGCUAAGAAUGCACCACCGGUAGAGAAAAAGAGAAGAACUGCAAAAUAUGUGUUCACCAUUAAGAUAGUAGAAGGUGAGGAUCUCAAGGCUUGUGAUCCUAAUGGCACUAGCGAUCCUUAUGUCGUUCUCGGUGAUGAAUAUCAAAAGCGUUUAGCCAAGACGCGAGUUGUAAUGAGGAAUCUUAAUCCUCGUUGGGAUGAAUCAGUGGAUAUUACAGUGCAAGGUCCGUUGAACAUCAUUGCGACCAUCUGGGAUUGGGACACAUUUGGUGAUCAUGAUUAUGUUGGGAGGACUUCUUUGAAGUUGGAUCCAUCUCACUUCAGCGAUUAUAUGCCUCGUGAGUAUUGGCUCAACCUAGAUACCCAAGGUAGAUUACUAUUGCGUGUCAGUAUGGAGGGAGAACGUGAUGACAUUCAAUUCUAUUUUGGUAAAGCAUUUCGUUUGCUCAAAAGAACAGAAAGGGAUAUGACGCGCAAAAUCACUGAUAAGGUAUGACCAUUAAAAAAACCACAACUCAAGAGCAUGAGCUAACAAUUCUAGCUGUCACAAUACAUUAACAGCUCUCUUUCACAAGAAUCUCUAAGAGGCUUACUCUCUCGAGGUAUUUCGGUUGCAUCUGUAACUAGUCUCUGGAAAAACCGACAAUCGGUAGCCCCAACCUUGACUCCUCAAGAUGUUGAAAACGCUUUAAAGCCUCUAUUCAAUUACUUUGAUGAGAAUUUCGCCAUCAUGAAGCAAACUUUAACGGAUGCAUCCAUGAUCAUGGUCAUGACUCGAUUGUGGAAGGAAGUUCUCCUCGCCCUCGAGAGUCUUUUAGUUCCACCUCUUUCAGAUAAGCCAUCUACUCAAAGGCCCCUCACGCAGCAAGAAAUGGACAUUGUCUUUAAAUGGCUUGAACUUCUAUUCGACUUUUUCCAUGCUCGAGAUGAAGAAACUGGCGAAGCAAUGGGGGUACCAGCGGACGUUCUCAAAUCCCCUAAAUACCACGAACUCGCCUCACUUAAUUUCUUCUACUUCGAUACCACCGACAACCUCAUCCGUACCUCUGAAAGAAUGGCCACGGCGACUGCUCAACGUGCCCAACAACAACGCAAUCGUCUCUCAGCACCUGCUACUCUCGGUGCUUCCUUUGGAGGCCUCAUGGGCUCGACUCCAAUGGCCAGAAGUAAGAGUAUCAUGUUAAGUAGAAAUUUGGGAACGAUGAAAAAGGCAAAGGAAGAAAAGAGGAAACAGGCACAAGCAGAUCCAAGCGAUGACAUGAUCUUGAGGAUUUUAAGAAUGAGACCGGAAGCAACUGCUUAUUUAAGGGAUAGGAGUAGACAGAAGGAAAGGUUAGCAGCCGCUGCAGCGGCGGAAAUGAUUGUGAGACAGAGUUUGGCGAGUGGGGGUGGCCCAAGAUUUGGGGCUAAUAAUUUGCCAAGAAGGUAAAGGAAAUUUGGUCUUUGGGUGGAGAACAAAAUAAGGGUUUAAAUGCAUGAUAUGGGUAGUAAUUAUGAGUUUUAAUGAGGGGAGAAGGGUUAAUAUGGAUGGCGUUUUUUUUUUCACUGAGAGAUACCACUGGCAUAUUUUGUUUUGGGGGUUUUAAACAUCUCUUUUAUGUUGUCGGUGGCCAUUUGGAAGAGUUUUGAUGACGUCGGGGCUUCGG